GUUGUUAUAGUUUUCUCCACUGGUUUUCUCACACUAAAAUGGAUCCUCGCUCGGUUAAGAUGUUUCUCAGCAUAUUGUGUCUCGCUUUCGCCGCGCAUUUAAUUCAAGGUAAGUGAUGUAGCUUCGCAUUUUUGCGCGAUAUAGUUAUGGACACAGACAGAUAUCUAGCGGCAGAUAUAACAGGCGAAAUUAAACGUGAUUAAAUAUAAAUACUAACGUGUAUGCGAUAUUAAAAACGACACAAUGCAAAAUUAUUGUUCUAUAAUAAAACGCGUACAAUGAGUUGUUGCUACAGAUCAAAGAUUUUGACAGAAUAGGGCGUUCUGUAAUUCAAACACUUGCGCACAUCAUUCCUGGGGGGGGGGGGAUAGGGGAACGCGUCCGCUCAGUUUUUGGACUUUUUACUGUUGAAAGUAAAUUUUAGUAUUUUCUAAUAAAAAACUUCACCAUUAACUCUAUACUAACCUAAGGUAAUGCGCGCACUUUUAAGCAUAUAGAAAACUUCGAAAACUAGAACCGCGAUAAUGCCAUUUCCUGCGAUUUGGGCAUUUGAAUUCCGAGCUCCAGUUUGACCUCAAAAAGAGGCAAAACCAUAUUUUAACCACAAAUCGUGCUUGAUGACGAUUUGAUAACCAAUUUGACGAAUCAUCGCACAAAGGUAAACUGAAAACCCAUUGAACCCAAGUGAAAUUCUAUUGCCCACUGGGAAUCGGUUAAACACGCAAUAACAUAUUUUCUUUAUUAAAUUGACUGGAGAUGUUUACUAUGAAAUCAGCUUAGGAACAUUUCGAACCCUGAAUUGCACGAACGUGACGAACCGCAUGCUACCAACACAAUUCCACGCCCUUAAGGCCUGAUCAAACGAGAACGCAAAAUCAUCGUAAGUAAACUGGCACCGUUGUUUAAACGCCAUUGAAAGAAAGCGAAAAGCUGCCAGCAUCGUGUUAUUUUCUCUGCUUGAUGAAGACGAAACGUCGCGGGCUUGGACACGUGGAAAAACUCAGUAUAGAGAAUGGAUUAAGUGAAUAGUGAUUAUUCAAUGUAAUUGCGAUAAUCUUCUGAGAAGAAUUCAGUCCCAGAGACACCUUUUUUGUCCCCUAGCUGAGUUGGACCUUUUCCUUUGAUGUUUCCAGUUUUAUUGGGAACGAUUUCGCUUUUAUUGAUAUUUUUUAUACUUUCUGUGUUUUGAGGGUAUUUUGAACGAAGUUUUCGAUUCCGAUCCGGCGUCUCCGCGUUUUUACAGUCACGAGAAAAUAGGAUAACGCGUGCACAGAGGACUGUAGGGACUAGCCUGGCAAUGGUCUGGCCUGGCGUUUCUAUGGUUCCCAUGGGAACUGGUCACGAAAAGCUUGCUUGAACUUGCACUUUUUUUUCAAACGUAUCGCAAGUGCUCGCAAGUAAAAAAACUUGCGAUGAAGUUGAACCAGCUCAAAUCAUUCUCAAGCUAUACAGCAUGUCAUCGCAAGUUGAUGGUCAAACAAGGCACUGAGCAAGCGCAAGUUAUCAAAUUAAACUUGCGAUGAGUUGUGUUCUUGUUUGAUCAAUCAGGCCUUUUAUACGCUACUUAUUUUCCUUUCAGGAGCUAGCCAGUGCGUGCGAAUUAACAGUGAGCCAUCACGCCAUUGUGCAGUUAAAUGUACUGUGGAUACAGCUGUGUGAAUCCCAGUAAGUAUACUGUAUACCUAGGGUGCCCUUUAAGAAAUGCAAUUUUGCUAUGUUCCAGAUUUUUGGAUAUGUUCAGAUGGGCAUCUAAAAUUUAAUCUAAGAGAUGAAUUUUGACACUAAGAUGAUUAAAAUUGUUCUAUUGUAGUAGAAACAAUGUUAUGGCUGUUGUGGAAGAAAGUGACUGGUUCAACCAAGGAUAUAUUAUAAGGACAUCUCUGCCUUCUGAGGGCAGAACGGGAAAUAUACCUCUGAUAAUAGUAGAAUGUACAGGACGUUGGGGGGGGGGGGGUUAAUUUCUAUUCCCUCCCUGGAAUGACUCAAUUUGUAUGUUCUUUUCCAAGGAGACACCAGGAGGCAGUUGUUCAAAGGUGGGUUAGCGCUAUAACCCUGGGUUAAUUUAACCCGCUGUUUUAGUUUUUAUAUUUCUACACGUCUGUUUAUCAAAACGUCAGAGAAGUAAACUCCUAUCGAUCUAGACAAGAUCUCUGAAGAAAUAUUUCCAAAUUUAUAGUAAGCUGUGAGGAUGUUUACUUUGAAUUUUAGGUUAACUUAGGGUUAAACUAACACAGCUUUGAACAACCGGCCCCAGACCGAUAAACCUAUGCUGGGAAAGGGGAGUGGGGGUGCGGUGCAAGUGGCCACCUGUCCUUUCACAAGAUGGGUAUGGGCAGGGACGCCGGAACGAUAAAAAAGGCAAAGGGGGGCAGACGCACACCAAAGGGCAUCUCUAUAGAUCAAAACUUCGAAAUUUACCCGAAAAAUAUUUUUUUUACAUUAUAUUUUUUUGGGGCGACCUCCCCCACCGACCUGCCCCCCGUCGCCAAAAUUUUUCGUGACGUAAAAAAUUUUUCCGGACAUCAGCAAUUUUCUCCAUUUAUCCGAAAUUUUUUUCUAAAAUCAAAAAUAUUUUCUACAAUUUUUGUAAAUUAACCUCAUUCUUUUCCAGAUUCACAUUUAUUUUUGUAAAUUAACUUUCUCUGGGCCUAUAAAUUACCUGAAUCUCAUGAUUUUGUCCGAAAAAGCAUCACUGCAAUUGUGAUUUAUCAGGUAGUAUUUUACAACUAAAAGGGCACUUCUGCCCCCCUUGCCCCCCCCCCCUAGCAAAAGGCAAGGGGGGCAGCUGCCCCCCCAGUUUCGGCGUCCCUAGGUAUGGGUAAGAUUCAGAAUACCCCGAAUACUUGAAAAUUGCGAUUAUACGAUAAAAUAAAACAAAGUUUGUGAAGGGGAUAAAAUUUGUAGGCAAGCAUUGCUCCUGAACGGCAAGUGUUGGUGUCCGGCGAAACAAGCGAAUCCGUAUAUUCCUGUACAGCGUAAACAGGUUACGCGAGGUUUUAUAUUUGUGUUUAUUUAUAUCGAACUAUGUCAGAUCUAUAAGAGCAUAUUUAAACUAAAUAUUAAAGGCAAUAGCCAUAUUGUUCAAGACGAGAGAAAGCAAAUUUCGUGUGAAUCACCACUUGCAUAGAGACGCCUAAAUGCAGCUUUAAAAUGCGGGUCUCUGAAAAAGCAUUUCCUGCAUUCUGAGAACACAUUUUUUUAAAAAAUGUCAGCUUCUUAGAACAAAGUUUUAAUGGUGAAAUUUGUAGUAAAAUGCAUGCUAAACAUUCAAACACAACGUCUUUUCAAUGUUAAACUCGUUUCUCAAUACAGGUCCUAGGGCCCUGGCUUUGGAGUUUGGGGCAAUAGGCCAUUUUUUUCGUCAGUAGUUGGGCAGAGGAAAGGGCCCAGUGGGGCAAAUGCCCCACCAGUCCAUAGUAUUAAAAAAUGCCUUGGCUAACAUCACUGAGGUUCAGAUUUAAUUUCCACUACCGCUACCAUUAAGGACCAAUAACGAUGCGUGUGCUAAGCCGGUGAGAAGUUAGUGGUAGCGAUAGUCGAAGUCAAAUCUGAACCUCUCCAAUAGUAAAACUAGUAGUACAACUGAAUAACUAAUUAACUGAUAAAAAGUGUAUACUCAUGUCACUAAGCCAUCCAGUAUCAGCAUGCAUAUUGAUGUGUGUUGCACAGCUGAGCGAGAGCGCUCUCAGUUUUAGUCUGACGAUAGGCUCUCCUAGUAAACUCGACGGUUUGCACUAAAAAAAGGUUCUUGCAUAUUUAUAAAUUUCGAGGUCACUGGUGGGUUCACGGCAAUAGACCGCACGGCAGUUCUCAUAUUGUAAUUUCCUGAAUUUCAUUCACAAUAUCUUUGCAAGUCUACAGCUAUGUUAUUUCAUUUCAGGAAUGCGUUGUUCAAAGCCCAGAAAAGUACGAAAUGGACAGAUUAUUUUCAAAUCAUAUUGUUUUAAUGCUACCCAAAGAGUUGUAUGUAAUGCUGGCUUCAGAUUGACAGGAUCUGCUGUAAGAACGUGUCGUGGAAAAGGUUAUUGGGACGGAAAACGAGCCAGAUGUAGUAAGCUAGUAUAUUGAUUGUUCAGUUGAAAAGAUAGGGUACAGUCCGAUCUGCGCAUGCGCACAUAGGAGUCUCAUGCUGUGAUAUAAACACUUUAAUGAGGUUUUUAUUUCAUUUUAUGUUCUUGCAAAGCCUGAUUGUUGUAUCUUGAUGACUUGAUAAUUUAUUAUACUGUAGAAGCAUUAAAAUAUAAAUAGUUGUCGAAUAAAGUUCAAUAUUUUGAAUACCGAAAUGUACCCUACCAUUAAUUAAAUUAUUUGUUCAUAGAGCUCAAAAUAUUUCCUCCUCAUAAAUGCCAAACCAAGGGAAGGUUUUUAAUUUUGCUCUUAAAAUUUAAAUUUUAGACAAUGUAUUCUUCUGUGUACAAUGUUUGGGUUGUAUAUAUGGAAAAUUCUCCUGUGUAAUUAAGUGCAUGCAUGGCCACUCUACAAGAGCGAAAGACCACACCUAAAUUUCUGGGUUUCUGCAUGUGUGCAGUUGCUACAGAACUGCAAAUAUUUACACCAUUUUGGAUGACUAAAAAAUUAAAUUUGUCCAUGUUUUUCAGGAAGAGCACAAAAGAACUGUCAAGAUCCAGGAAUGAAGGGCUUGUUACUACGUACAGCCGAUGAAACGACGUCAUUUAAACCAGGAACAAAGUUGAGCUACUUUUGUCCACACAAGUUCAUUCUGAGAGGAUCAAGAGAAUUGAUUUGUAAUGGAGAUGGCACUUGGUCAGCUUCUUUACCGAAAUGUGUUGGUAAGUCUUUAGGAUAACGUUUUAACUCUUACUAAAGAUAAAAACAAACUUGUUUAGAACUGAUGUUGGAAGCGACCUAAAAUUAUCAUCCAAUUUGCAAAAAGAACUUAAUGGGAAGAUCCAUAUACCAUUAUACAUACAGUUGUAGUUGGACAUUUCAGAGUUUAAAUAACUUCAAGGGAAGCUAUAUACGGAGCAACGUUUGAUUUAGAGUUUGUCUAAAAAUGUCCUGGAAGAUUGGAUUCUGCCCUUUUCUGGCUAAGAUCAUUUUUCUGCUAUUGGAAGUCAGUGAUUUACUUCAAGUAUUUCCAGUGUGACAGAGAUGGAUGUAUAGACUUUAAGCCUUUUACUUCGUGAUGUUAUUUCUAAAGAGAGCUACACUAUAUUGAAAACAGAAUAUAAGUCAACAUAUAGGUGAAACACCUACUAAAGGGCAGUGCUGUAAAUAACUUUGUUUCGAGUAACGAAAUUACAAUUAAGUAAUCGUUACUUUUUAAGUACUAUUUAAAACAAUAGCAUGCAGGAGUAAAGGAAUACCGAAUGGUUUUCCGUGCAGGAUUGCGUGAUCCGUGCACGAGGGAUGUCGCGAGACUUUCGGAAAGCGUGAAAAUACUCGAGCCGCAGGCGAGUGUAUUUUUACGCUUUCCGAAAGUCGAGCAACAUCCCAAGUGCAUGGGUCACGAUAUCCUGCUUGGAAAACCAUUUGGUAUUUGUUUUAUAAAACUACUACAGUGAAACAAUGACAUUUUGAGAAUCCCGCGAAGGCAUUUUAAUUCCCCGUGCAGGAUAGCCUGAUCCUGCACGGCUAUUGGCCAAUCAAAUUGCGUGUUCCACUGUAGUUAUUAUAUAAUGCUUUAUCACCAGUGGCGUAGCCAGAACGAUAAUUGGGGGGCCUAUAUUCAUAUAUUCGUGUUCUGCUUUAUUAAUUUAUUUUGAAAUCAAUUGUUUUUAUGGUAUGUGAACACAAAUAUAUGAAUAUGCCCCCCCCCCCCCAAUUAUCGUUCUGGCUACGCCACUGUCCACUGUUUAUCACAUAUAAAACUCGAGGAGACAGCCGAGUGUUUUAUAUCUGAAUGAUAAAGCACAGACUGUGUUUUAAAUGGCUUAAAAAACGACCCAGCUUAUGAGUUUAUUUGCGAAGUAAUUUUAAAAAUAAACGUUGUCUAAGUCAAGAAAAUCAAAGCUAAAGUUUACAUGAUUUUUUAUCAGAUAUAAAACCAUCGACAUGCUAGUGAUUUCCUUUGUCUUUUCUUUAUGAAUUAUUAAUGAGUUUUUUUAAGUAACUGUAACGGUAACUAGCUAGUUAGGUUUUAAAGGUAACUGUAACCCCCCCAAAUUAACUUUCUUUCGUUGCAUAAGCAAUUUAAAAUUUAUUAUUAUCGUUACUAUUGAUAUCCACCCAUGCAGCUGGCCAUAAAAUGACAUUUUUGUUCCUUUUCCAGCGCCAAAAUGUACAGAGGCAGUUUUACCAGCUCAUACACAAGUGAAAUCACCCAGGAACUGGAGAAACCGACGAAAAUAUGGAAUGCGUUUCACUCUGUCAUGUCAGAAUGGUUAUACUUCGACACAACGUGGCACAUUGGUCUGUGAUGCUCCGGGAUGGAGACUGGAACCCAGUUCAUUCAAGUGUUUUCGUAAGUGACUAUCUUGACCUAACCUACUUUACCAUACAGAAGCGGAAAAGCCUCCACGCCAUGAUUCUAGCCAGUUCCUUUUGCCAUCAUGCCAUGUUCCUAGCCAGUGCGUUUACGAGAGGCAUUCACCCCCUGAACAUCUGCCAUUUAGAAUACUUUCGGGGGGGGGGGGUGAAUGAGGAACACGGCGAAAUUUUUUUAGCGACGGGGGGGGAGAGGUCGUCAAAAACAAUUUUUAGGUGCCCUUUUUUUUGAAAAGUGCCCUUCAAGGCCUGGCCCCCCAACUUUUCGAAGCUUCCUACGCCCCUGCACCAGGGUUUGCAAAAACUUAUUUCUCCUUUACACUGAAACCUUUCGCAGUAUGAAUUCUUCUCUAGUAGCUCUAUUACGUUUACGCACAGUUCCCCAUAUCUACAUACACAAGCACAGAAACCUUGGGUAUCAUGAGGUUGCAGAUAUCUCAACAUUGCAUACUUGUUUAUAAAACAUAUUUCAAACUUUAGCUGUUAAGAACACGACGCCCAAAAUUCACAGCACGACAUCAAGUCCAACUGGUACUACUACUCAAUUUCAAACAACUGAUGCUCUAAGUAAGUAACGAAAUUAAUAUUUUACAGUAGUAUAAGACAACUACAUUUAAACAGUUAAAAAUAUUAAGACUAAACUAAUUUAGAUUAGUCUUAAUAUUUUUAACUGUUUAUACGUAUGUAGUUGUCUUAUACUAGCUACUGUAUUUGGUACGAAAACGUGGUAUUCUUCCAAAAUCAAACGGACUUGAAGGACUUCGGUGGUCAAAGGGUCGCCACCAACCCAUAUAAGAACAGGCUUUGUGAUUGAUUGAUCAUAACAAUGAAAGACAAGGAACUACAGAAAUUAUCUUUCUAAAGAACGAGUCAUAAACAUGCACUGAUCACUUUUGUUCUAUGAAACCAAUCACAAAACACGAUUAUUUUAGGUGGUGUUUACUUGGGUAUAAUCGUCAGAGCAAACGCCGAUCUCUGCGAUCAUGGCUUCGAUUCUCGCUACCAACUCAUGACACGUAUAUGGAAAGGUGACUGCCAGAGGUGCCUUCACAAAAUGAAACCUUCAGCUCGAUCAGGUUGAGCUGCAUCCUUCAUAAUUCAGCUUAGUUUUCAGCUGCAAGUAAGGAUGAUUUGCAACCAACCCCCCCCCCCCCCCUCCUCACCUAACCCGUGUUGUUCCUGUGACCAUAGGGUGCAAUAGGGGGCUAUAGCCCCCCCCCCCGAAAAGAAAUAACCUUGCUUACCAAAACAGUUGUGGAAAUUUCAAUUUGGUGGUCAUUUUAAAAUUUUCUACUUUUUUACAACCUGUAGAUCCCCAACUGUUCCUAAGGGCCACUAGUUCCUUAUGGCAGUUUAUUAGACACUUUAUUCUUACAGUUCAAAGUUGUCAAGAUCCAGGCACGCCGUGGAGAGGUAGCAAGAAUGGAAAUCUACACGUCGGACAAACGCUUCAUUUCUCGUGUGCUCAUUGCUACCAACUUAGAGGUAGCCCAACUAGAACAUGUCAAUCUGAUCUAAGCUGGUCUGGGAGUCAACCCACAUGCACUGGUGAGCUUCAUGAUUUCAGUUUUGUGUUUUUAUUUUGAAUUUUCAGUUCUCAGCAAGUUUCGCUUUAGCCGACGAAUGACUUCUAUAAACUAACAGUGGCGUAUCCAAGGGGUCAAGUAGCACUCGUGGCCUCCAGAACUGUUCUUGUGAAUAGUUCAAAUCGUGCAAAAGUGGCUGCAAUGUCUGGAAUAAUGAUAACAUAUGUUAUGGGUUUUUUCAGGGUUAUAGUUUUUCUCAUCCCAGAAUGCGAGAAAUGCUGUUCUAGCGACUCUAGAAAUUAGAAAUUUCUCCAGGGGAAAAUGCCCCUCGUUUCCUCCGUAUACCCUCCCUAGGGUUCUCAGUUCUCACGGUAUUUGCGCUCCUGUGUUUUGAAUUCAUUUUCGCUUACCCCAACCAAAGUCAGGACCCUGGCUGCGGCAUUGUUAAAACCAAGUGAAAUUGUUUUGUGUUUGUCCAAAUGGAGUUGAAUUCCUGAAUUAGACAUCCCCAAUUGCUUAGUCAUGGUUUACUGAAAUAUCGCUUUUAUAUUUAGCUAUUAAAUGCAGCGCUUUAUCUCACCCUACAAAUGGAAGAAUAGUUGCAUAUUCAAACUUCUGCGGAAGAAAACAAACAGAAUUUAAAUGUUAUUCUGGCUAUCAGUUAAGAGGUUCAAGAAGAACAACUUGUCAGAAUGACGGAAGAUGGUCUGCAACGAGUCCAACCUGUGUCCGUAAGUUUUAAUGUAAUAAUUGUACGUACUACGUACCAUAAAAUGUACAUUGCGUUUAUACGAGGAUGCAGGCUGGCCUGCUUGGCGAGAUCCUGUGUGCAAACUGCAAAAGCCGCGAGACCAUAGAUAGGCAGGAUGGAACUCGCCAGCCCACUAACCGGGAUGAAAGAAAAAGUAUGUAUACUUUAAAAUAUAUAAACGGGUAUUUAUAGUCUAGCUAAAACUUGUCAGUUCUGAUCCUGGCAUUCCAAGAAAUGGAUAAAAAGCAAGGCAGCACACCAUUCUUGACACUGAUGUUUCUUCCGAGUUUAUUCGGUCCAAUUUUCGUAUUUAGUAUUAGUAUACAAUUUUUUGCUUGGGACUAUAUAAUGUUUGGGACUAUAUAUUGUUUUCACCACCCGAAAAUAAAAGUCAUAUCUUCAAGCCAUCGUGUAUUGCGUGUAAUAUCCUCUACGUGUAUAUUGUAGCAGGGCUUGUGUGCUUUUGCGCUUGUGGCUCUCUCAACCUCGUACCUAUUCGUACCCAGGGAUUUAGCAUAAGCACAGAAGCCUUAAAAAUCUGGAAAUUUUUAAAAAACGACCUGACCUGUCUUAUGAGUUCAUUGGCGAAGUAAUUUUAAAAAUCAACGCGCGUUGUCUAAGCCGAGAAAAUCAAAGCUAAAGUUUAUGUAAAUUAAAAUUAUUUUUAUCACAUACAGUAUAAAACCAUCGACACGGCAGUGGUUUUCUUUCCAUUUUCCUCAUGAAUUAUUGAAUUUUUAAAAUUUGUUUAAAUAUUAAUUAAACAACACAUUCCAUAUUUUAGCCGUUAAGAUCACGACGCCAAGAAUUGACACCAAGAGGUCACAACCAACUAGUACUACAGCUACACAGUUUCAAACAAUUAUUGCUCUAUUAAGUAAGUAACGAAAAUUAAUACAGUCGAACCUCUAUUAAGCGGUCUUCCAUUAAGCGGCCACCCUCUAUUAAACGGCCACAUACCGAAGUCCCAAAAUUUUUGUAAUACAAAUACUAUAAACUAUAUCCCUCUAUUAAACGGCCACCUCUAUUAAGCGGCCGCGGCCACCCAAAGAGCGGUCCCAAAUGUUUUAUGUCAAUUUUUACCUCUAUUAAGCGGUCAGCCUGCAGGAUUUACUUGGCACAACACCUUGUCAAGAGAGCCGAAAAUAAAAGUCGAGCUACAAUCCUGGCCAAAACUCAUGUGGACACUUAAUCCACUUUUGCAAAAAUCAUAACAAACACCUAAAACUUGAAUUUACUUGCAUAUCCCCCACUCCCCCUCUUCAAUGUUGCUUAUCCGACUUAACCACACUUUGUAUUUGAUGAAAAAUCCCAUUCAACAUUGGCAUGGGGGAGCCGGGGGGGGAGGGUAAUUAUUUAGGGAAAACGCCUUUCGAGGCCAAAUUCUGUGGGUUGUCCACAACCUUUUGGCCAGGAUUGUAGUUUGCUUUAUUUGUAAAAGAAGGCUUAAAAAUUAUGUUUUAACACAUGCCACUUUACACCUCAAAAGCUUUACACCUAAAAAGCACGGACUACGCCCAGGGUCUAUUAUUUGCGUACCUCUAUUUAGCGGCCACUUCUAUUAAGCGGCCACAAAGCCGAUCCCCGAGGGUGGCCGCUUAAUAGAGGUUCGACUGUAUUUUUCAUCAGAUUAGUUCAUACAGUAGUUUUCAUAUUUUUAACUGUUUAUAUGUUGCAUGACUGAAUUGUACAAGUUUUGCAAGCGUUAUUGAUUUUACAACUAACAUUGCAAUUUCAUCUCGUCAAGCGGGAUGAAAAACUCUGCACGGAAAUAUUCGUCCCGCUAGGCGAGACGUCUCGGUAAGCGGGAUCAUAUGAACUAGCCCUCAAACCACUUUGGAUAACGUAAGAGCCAAGCUAAUUCUUUAGGCUCAUCAUGUGGUAAUCCUGUCCUUCCACCACGUGCAAGAGUACGUAUUCACCGAGGAACUGUCUUGUUCAUUGGAUGUAAAGAGAAUUAUUCGACUUUAAUAACUGGCUUAAUGCGGUGUGUUGGAAACACAUGGAGACGCAUAAGAGAUCCAAAUUGUUUAGGUAUGUGUAGAGCUCCUAAAAUCAAUUAGGUAGUCAAUCAGUAAUAAUUCACCGGUCGUUUGGCCAGUCAUAUAAUUUACUCAUAUAUGCUCCCUAGAUUAUGCUGGCUCUGCGAUUUGUUACUGUUAUUGUAUGUGUAUUUUAGCUAAAAGUUGUUCUAAUCCUGGCAUUCCAAAGAAUGGAUAUAAACACGGUUUAUCGUAUUUUGUUGGUGAUGUGGUGACAUUUACUUGUGACGGUUGCUACCGUUUGGUAGGCAACUCCAAAAGGACAUGUUUGAAAAAAGGAACUUGGAGUUAUAGACAACCAAUUUGUUUGUGUAAGUCAUGUUCAUUGUUCUUUACUCACCAUCAUCAUCAUAAUCAUCAUUAUCAUCAUCACCAUUAUCAUCAUCAUUAUCAUCAUCAUUAUGACAAACAUCACCACCAUCAUAUUUACCAUUACCAUCAUCACCAUUCCACAUCAUCGUCAUCAUUACCACAGCAAUCACCACCACCAUCAUUAUCAUCACCAUUGUCAUCACCACCAUCAUAAUCAUAAUUAUCAUCAUCAUCACCACAUCAUCAUCAUUACAAUAUCUUCCUCAUCAUCAUCAUCAUUACCACACAUCAUCAUCAUCAUCAUCAUCAUUACAUCAUAUCAUCAUUAUUCUAACCAUAAUCAUUGUCAUUAUCAUCGUUAUCAUCCUUAACAUCAUCAUCGUCAUCAUCAUCAUUAUUAUUAUGUUCUCUUAGUCACCUUCAUCAUCAUCAUGAUUAAUAAGACAACAUCGCCACAAUCAUCGUCACCAGCACCACUAUCAUCACUAUCACUGCCAUAAACACCACUACCAUCAGCAUUAUCACUGCCAUCAUCAUCAUCAUCAUCAUCAUCAUCAUCAUCAUCACCAUCAUCAUCUUUGAUCAUCAUCACCACCAUCACCAUCUUCAUCACUACCGCCAUUAAUUAGAACUACUACCAACGAACGUCUCUCUCUGUUUCAAGUGAAAACAUGCUCUAAACUCCAGGACACAAACCAAGCCACCGUAUCUUACAUCUCCCAAACAUGCGACUCUGUAGCCACAUACACAUGUAAAGACACCAGACUGACUAUGUUGGGUUCUGGAGAGAAAAUUUGUAACAAAAGUGGAAUGUGGGAAGGUGCAGAACCAAAGUGCAUCAGUAAGUUUCAUUAUGUCUCACUCGGCUAUUUCGCUGCUAACGAAUUUAAGCAGAAUCAAUAUUUGAAUAAUGUUGUGUUUUUCUGUAGAUCCUAAUCUCAACAUAGCACUUGGAAAACCUGCUUCUAUGUCAUCACAUUGGAAGUUACAUGGUGGACCUGCAAGUGUCGCGGCUGAUGGAAAGAGAAGUGGAAUUAUGCUAUCUACCAAAUAUGAAUAUGGAUCAUGGAUAAAAAUCGAUUUACUAAAAGAGGUAUUGCUUGCUAAGAACACUUAUAGUUACUAAACUGACUGAUGUUUACUCAACUUGUUCUUUCUAAUAUAUUUUAGCUUUCUUCUUCCCCAAUGUUACUACAGGAGGACACCAGAACACUCUUGUGAAAAACUCGUGGUGUUUGGUAGACUCAGUCUUCACAGCUACAUAGGAUAAUAAGGCACUUCUGCUCGUGUUUUAAAUAGUAGCCUACAGAGCACUGCUGCUCGUGUUUUAAAGUGCAAAGGUGUAUCUGCAUGGUCUCAAUCUUAUUUAUGCAAUUUUGAUGAUACUCAGAGACUGUAUACUUCCGCUAAAAUGGGCAUUCAAUUACGGAUUCAAUUUACUCUAUUCGGCAAAGAUAAACUUCAGACCUAUUAAUUUCUCAUCCACUUUCCAUCCAAAUUUGACCAAAAUUUAAUCAAUUUGUCCUUGGGCAAUGUCAUUAGUCUCACCGAUCUUCUUAUUAAUACGUCUGAUAUUUUUAAAUCGUGAUUAUUUUUUUCCUGCUGACAGACAAAUUAACACACACACAAAUAACCACGUGACGAUGAGGUCAUUGUAUAUAAACAUUACAUUCAGUAUUGAAUCUUUGCAACAUUGUAUUUGCUAUAUUUAGGAUACAGUGUCAACUGUGAUCGUGGUGAACAGAAUUGACUGCUGUAUUCGCAGGAUGGAUCAUUUCAAGGUAUCCGUGGGGAACAAUGGUAACAAGGCGGGGGCAAAUACAGAAUGUGGUGGACGAUCAAGGGCUAAAGGGGGGCCGAAUAUUAUCCAAUGUUCCACGACGCUACGAGGAAGAUAUGUGUUCGUGUUUAUGCCAGAGAAAAGGUACACUAUCAUGGCCCUGUUUGAAGUCGAGGUGUAUAGACGAGGAAUGACAGAAUAAUUUUUCAAUAUAAAGUCACAAUUAACGAAGUCACUUAGUUAUCAACAUAAUAUUGUGUUAGUAGAAGAUUAAAUAACCAGAUAAUAUACUUUGAUCUGUAU